GCACCGCGAGAGCGUCAUUUCUUUUUUCUCCCUUUGCUGUGCUUUUCAUUUCGUUGAGUCCCACACGCUUUACGUGACGGUGUUCACGCCGCCGUCUGCAACCCUCUUCUUCUGUUUUGUCGUGCCAAGAGGAUAAUAAGCAAGUCAUCUGUACCAAGGUGGAGGUCCCCGAGCACAUAUCCCCCCCUCCCCCACCAGAGCACGUUGUUUCCCCCGCUCAAACCGCCGCUGCUGCGUUACCCUUCCUUAUGCCUCCAUCAAGCGCGCAGCGUGGGUGGCGCCUCCAGCACCUUUGCGCGUCAGCUGCCACCUCUACAUCUGCUCUCGCACGUUACACGUCCAUUCGAUCGCGGUGCAGCAUGCGACUGCCUCUUCACCGAGCAUCUACGUGCGGUUUCCAAAGAGUACCAGAGAAAGCGUUGUGGGCGCCGUGGCGUUCAUGUCACUCCGCCAACACAUCUCUAAGUACUGCAGCGACAGCCCUCAGCACCACGUCUGCGUCCCCGUCGUUUCUCUCUGCACUCCUCGAGCCAGAAGAGACGAUUCCGCUAGAGGACACCACGCGGACCUACACUACAAUGGACGUCGUGGAGCGCUGCGAGGUGUACAACCCCCGCGAACCCAACGUGACCAGCCACGACGACGCAUCGGCAGCAGAUUCCCUCGACGGGGCCACGGUGGGACCGCUGCAAAGAGCGCAUGCGGAGGGAAAGCUGUGGAGCCACUUCGUUGGCGCGCAGUCCUCGUCGGCUUCUUCCUCCUCCGCUGAACCACCAGGGUGGUUUGUGCAGCUCUGCAAGGACCUCUACUACCGCACCGACAGCAGCACGCCAAACGCGCACAACGUGGACUCGUUAGAUGAGACGGCGCGCGAGAGUGACCCGCUGGCACAGCGCCACGUCGAAGCGGCUCAGCGGGCAAGCAACUGGCGAGGCAUGCCAUCUGUAGAGAGGUCCUCCCGGCACGACGAUCUUCCUCAACAGCAGGAGUCUUCCGUGGCCCCCCACCGUGCGGACGACGCCAUCGAGGUCGAUCCUUAUACCUGGCUGCCCUUCGAUCUUUUAGAUGUGAAGGACUACCUCGUAGGCCCCUACGUCUUCCCUCCCACCUCGACCUACACCACCGAACAGAAGGUGAAGCUGUGUCUGGGGCAGCGGCAAAAGGAGUACGUGUGCUUCUGCCGCACCUACUGCUUCCCUGAGCGGUGGCAGAUCCCCACCUCGAUGGGCACGCAGCCGGCACGCUUGUGGGUCGACCCAAGCUGUCCAACGCCCGUUGUUUUCCUUCAGCUCUCGCCGGAUUUCCCGCCGGCCAUGUGGCUCCCAAUUCGGGCUACCGUCGCCGCUGUUCGCGGCGUGCUGAGCAGCUUUGCGGCACAGGCCUUCUUCCACCGCGAGGAGCAGCACGCCGUGUUUGAGCAGCGCUACGAGACGGCGAAGCGCGUGAUGGAGCUGCAGCGGCUCCCCACCUCCCAUGAGGGCGACGUCCUACGCUUUAUGGCUUACGAGGCCCGCAACACCCCCUACCUCGACGCCCCUCUGCGCGAGUACGCGAAUCAGCAGGAGUUUUUCCUGGGCGAGUACGACGACCCGGAGAGGCUGCUGGAGCACGUGGACUUGUGCCCGUUUUUCUUCGCGAUGCCGCAGCUGCGCACGGUGACCGACCCGCACGCGGAGCGGAUGGUGCCGACGGUGGAAGGGGCCGGCGUGGUGCCGUCCCUGUACCGCUGCAUCUUCUCCAAGGCCCUUAUCCAAAUCUCGGUGCACCUCUCCGCCGAGGUGAAGCUGCCGCCGCAGGACCCGGAGAGCUUUUACUUUCUGUGGAAGGACUCGCAGGUGGUGCCGAAGAUGAAGAUACCGGUCUUCGCGCGCGUCAGCUGGCCAGACAAUAACAACCUGAGCGGGGGCGGCCUGCUCGGGCGGCGCUUCAACCGACUCUUUCAGACCGAGUUCGCCUCAGACGUGCCGGUCGACGCUAUUAUCGGCGUCUUCUACGUGAUGCAGUGGGCGCAGCGAGUGCACGAUCUCCUCGGCGUCGUCGGCAUGCGGCAGCGCGUCGCGGAGUUGGAGGCGGCCACACAGCUGCCGGAGGCCGCGAAGCUGUACCCCGGCACGCGUGAGAUCCCCAACCCCGAGUACACCGCGCAAGAGCGGCUGGGCAUGCACAUUCAGUACCUGAGCCACCUCGGCGAUCCGCAGAUCCUCGAUACAAUUGCGGCGGUGCUGCCGGCUGCCGCGGCGCCGGUGCGGAUGGGGUGCGCGAAGGCGGCGCUGAUCGCCGGCGACCGGGAGCUGUUUCGGCGGAUUGUGUCGAGUGAGCCGCCGGGCCGCAUGCAGCAUUACAUGACGAAGUUGGUGGUAAAGCGCAAGACGCGGGACCUGGUGGACCCGGAGCCGCGUCUGCUGGAGGAUCAGUACGAGUUUGCAGCUCCGCUGUGGACGAAGCGGGGCACGCGCAUCGACCGCAACACCUUGGAGGGCGCCGUGGAUGCCGCGCGGCUGCUGCGCUGA